AUGUAAUUUAUUACAAAGUCUUUAUCUCAACCAAACAAUCUCUUCUCUCGUUUUCUCCGCUCAUGAGUGUGAAAACCUGUAAAGCUGAGCCUGUUAAAGGGCAGACAUCACUAUUUAGGAGUUGCAGCAGCAAGACCAAACAUGACGUUACACCUCCUUGUUUGGUCUCUUCGUCAUCACCAUCGACCAAGUCGUCUAGCUCUCCGUUCGUGAGCCAGAAAACUUCAAGACUUGUUGCUUCCUCGGCUGAAGAUAUCAAGAAUCAUGCUCUUAGAGAAGCAACAAAGGUCUCGAGUUCGAGCUGCGGAUCAAGGAAAUGGACAGGAAAUUUCAUUCUCACUGUCGAGCUCCGGAAGAAGAUAAUCAGUUUUAGAAGCAUCAUUGAUCUCCCUCCUCUUACCUCUUGCCUCUCUAUCACCAAUAUGGUGACGCGUACGAUGAAUGAUAUCCAUAAGCUUUGUCCUGAGAUCGUUCAGAAGUCGCAAAUCCACGAUAUGAGACGUGCAGAAGUCGAUAAGUUGCUUGAAAACUUUUACAACGCAUUGAAGUCAAUUGGAAAUUCAUGGAUCGAUGACCAUGAAUGGAUCAUCAAAUCCAAGUAUAGGAACACUAGUAACAGGAAGAAUCUGUCGGAUCAACUUGUGGAAAAGGUGUUAGGUGCAUUAGAUGGACUCAUUAAGGGGAUGAACGAGAGGCUAGAGAUCAGCGAUGAUGAAAUGAAGAAAAAGGCUAGUCCACGGAGUAAACCAUCGAGUGGUCGACCAGAAUCAUUGGCAAAGCAACCGAUCACAACAAGAACGGUAUUGAGACCAUCUAGUAAAGUUAAAGACUUUGCAAUCUCUGUCUCAAAUCUUCCCAGAAAUGUGAGAAUGCAAGGGCUUGUAAAGCUGACCCCUAUCGAUGUAAAGCGACUCGCCAUCCAAAAUAUUUGCCAGAAAGAAGCUCAGAGCAAGAAUGCUGAUGCUGAUGUGACUGUUAAAGGGAAGAAGAGUGAAACAGAGAAGGCAGAGAAGAUGGAGAAAGAAAACGAAACUGUUCUUGAUGAAAAAGAUAGUGUGAAGAAUCAGACUGAUGAUGAUGAAAAUUGUUUAAAUGUUACAAUAAAAUAUAAAACUGUUCCGAAAUCUUUGGCUCCGCCUCCUUCUCCACCUACAGGUAAUGCAGCAAUCCUGGUGCAACCACCACUUCCAAUGGCUUCUGAAAAAGGACUGGAUGCUGCUCAGCUUCCUCCAGCUCCCGGGAUCGCAGCACCACUACUGCCACCACCGGAACUUCCAAUUGCUACGGGGAAAGGAGUGACUGCUCCGUCUCUUUCACCUCUACUGUCAUCACGGCCACUUCCAAUGGCUGCAGGUAAAGGAUUGGCUGCUCCGUCUCUUCCCCCUCCAGGAGCUGCUCCACCACCACCACUUCCAAUGGCUGCAGGAAAAGGACCUGCUGCUCCACCACCACCACUUCCAAUGGCUGCCGGAAAAGAACCUGCUGCUCCACCACCACCACUUCCAAUGGCUGCAGGAAAAGGACCUGCUGCUCCACCACCACCAUUUCCAAUGGCUGCCGGAAAACGACCUGCUGCUCCACCACCACCACUUCCAAUGGCUGCCGGAAAAGGACCUGCUGCUCCACCACCACCUCCACCAGGCGCAAGAGGAAGUUUGGGUGCCAAGAAAGCAACUAGUAAACUGAAGAGAUCAACCCAUUUAGGGUCCCUCUUUAGAUUCCUCAAGGCAAAAUUAGAAGGGAAGAAUCCAGAAGUAAAAUCUCGUGGCGCUGCAGGAGAAAAUAAAGGCGGGAUUGGAAGCGCUCCAGCCAGUGGAAAGCAAGGAAUGGCUGAUGCUCUUGCCGAGAUAACAAAAAGGUCUCCUUAUUUUAAGAAGAUAGAAGAGGAUGUUCGAAUGUAUAUGAAUUCAAUCAAUGAGCUUAAGACAGAGAUUGUCAAGUUCCGGAAUAAGGACAUUACUGAGCUUCAGAAAUUUCACCAACGUGUUGAAUCGGUUCUUGAGAAACUAGAAGAUGAAUCACAGGUUCUAGCAAGAUGUGAAGGAUUUCCACAUAGUAAACUCGAAGCGAUAAGAAUGGCUGCUGCAUUGUACUCGAAGCUGCAGGGUAUAAUCAAAGAACUAAAGAACUGGAAGAUGGAGUCUCCUGCGGACCAACUUUUCGACAAGACUGAACGUUACUUUGCAAAGAUCAGAAAAGAGAUUGAAACUCUAGACCAGAUCAAAGCAGAAGAGGAAAAGAAGUUCAAGACCAAUAACAUCCAUUUUGACUUCAAUAUUCUUGUUCAGAUUAAGGAAUUGAUGGUUGAUAUCUCCUCUGGCUGCAUGGAACUGGCAUUGAAGGAGAAGAGAGAAGCUAAGAUUGCAGCGCAAACGACUGCCGAAACACGCGAGGAGAAGGGGAAUACAAAGAACAAGACUGCAAAAUGGGCUAAAACACUGUGGAGGGCAUUUCAGUUUGCCUUCAGAGUCUACACAUUUGCUGGUGGGCACGACGAUCGUGCUGAUAAGCUUACAAGAGAGUUGGGUGAGGAGAUUGAACUGAUUCUUGGAAACUAAAUGACUCGUGACUUCACCACUCAUCCUCUUACAAUGUCUCGCCUGAAAAUGUCACAUAAUUUUACAUAAGUGUUGAGCUCUUUUAGAAGGCAUUCAAAGAGAAUAAGUGUUUUGGAUAACAUGUUGUAACAUAAUUACCAGAAAGCUGUUGUAAUCUGAUCAUUCUUGUCACUGUGGCUGCUGCUUUUGAUGAGCCAAUAAAGGUUACCAAAACAUCCGAA